AAGCCAUCCGAUCCUCAUAUAUACCCCACACGUCUCCGCGAGCUCCGCAACUUAGCUGGGCGUCAGCAGUCUUAGCUAAGUGCAUAUCUGACGGCUGAGAUCAGUCCAAAGGACCAAGUCCACUGUCUUCCUAUACCGUACUGAGCAUGAAACAAUGGCCACAUCUACCCAACCUCCUUCCUUUUCCAAGCCACCCAUCUUCCUCCUGAAAACGAAAUCUACCCCGCACGACGGCUACGAAGAAUACUUCUCAUCACGCGGCUACAACCCCACCUUCGUCCCUGUGCUGGAGCACCGAUUCCACGAUGAAAACUUGAGGAUAGUGAAGGAUCUUUUUCUCUCGGGGCAAUUGGAUGAAGGAUCCGGGCGGAAGUAUGGCGGAUUGAUAUUCACGAGUCAGAGGGCGGUAGAGGCAUUCGCGCGGAUUAUGGAAGAAAUUGGAGCAACAAGUGCAUCCAAAUCCCUAAUUCUCUACACUGUCGGACCCGCUACCUCUCGCUCUCUCUCUUCGAUCCAAUCCACACAUUUGCCUCAUGCGCAGCUCUACGGCUCCGAAGCUGGGAACGGCGAGAACCUCGCGCGGAUGAUCCUAGAGCACUACAAUGGUCUCUACCCGGAAAACGAGAACGAAACUACAAAUCCGAAGCCGUCCCUCCUUUUCCUCGUCGGCGAACAGCGCAGAGACAUCAUCCCACGUACACUAAUGGAUGAGUCUUUACCAUCGCGAGAGCGGAUCCAAGUUGACGAGCUCGUGGUCUAUGAGACGGGAGUGAUGGAUUCAUUCGAGAAUGAUUUUGCGCGAGCGGUCAAGAGUGGAAGACAGUAUAUAUCAAGUGGAGAGGAAAAGAGGGCGCUGUGGACGGUGGUAUUUUCCCCAACGGGGUGUGAUGCCAUGUUGAAAGUACUGGAUCUCUUGCCUGGUUCGUCGACUUCAACAUCCGAGGAUAAGGGAAGGAGGGAGUUCAUCACAACGAUCGGGCCGACGACGAGGGAUCAUCUUCGUUCGAAAUAUGGCUUCGAUCCGGAUGUGUGUGCUGAGAAGCCUAGUCCAGAAGGAGUCGGAGGGGGUAUUGAGGCAUUUAUGGAGCAGUGGAAGGGAUCGGAUUGAAAUAGGUUAUGACGACGCUUAUUCUUGGAGAUUUUUCGCUUUUUGUAUAUGUAAGAUAAUUCCUUCUUAU